AUGCCCUCAACAUCGCAAAUUUUGAGGACAUAUCUUUGCGUGGCGGCCGUUCUUUGUGCAGUAUGCACGUUUAUCGUCGUUUACAAAUGUUCUUGCGAGGAUUUUGAAAGUGAUUUGAGGAGUCGCAGAGAAUUCGCUCAACCAAAUGGACCUCCUGGCUUCACGCCUCCACAACCUACAACUUUUCUCUUCAUCGCAAUCAUGUCGGCGCCAAAUGAGACGACAACUCGACAGGUUAUUCGCGAUACGUGGCUCAAACUGACUGCAAAAGGCAAAGACGUUGUGCGGCACGUGUUUCCGAUUGGAGUAAAAGAUUUAAGUGAUGAACUUCUACAUUCGCUUGCCGAUGAACAAGAAAAACACAGCGAUUUGGCGUUAAUCGAAAAUCUACAAGAGAGUUACGAUCAAUUGGCCAGGAAAACGCUUCAAGUGAUGGAGUACGCUUAUCAGAGCUACAAGUUCAGCUAUUUGUUGAAAGUGGAUAGUGAUUCGUUUGUUCGUGUUGGAGCCGUAGUGAAAUCAUUAAAAGACAUCAGUCACCCUAGACUUUAUUGGGGCUUUCUGGACGGCCGAGCGAAACCGAUUCGAAAAGGAAAGUGGAAAGAGGUCGACUGGAUGUUAUGUGAUCGCUAUUUGCCGUAUCAGCUUGGCGGUGGAUACGUGCUUUCGUACGAAUUGGUCCGAUUUCUCUCGACAAACGCACGGCUCCUUAAGCUGUACAAAAACGAAGACGUCAGCGUUGGGGCGUGGUUAGCCGGUUUGGACAUCAAAUAUUUGCACGAUCCUCGGUUCGACACAGAAUGGAUGUCUCGUGGCUGUAACAAUCAGUACAUCAUCACGCACAAGCAAUCCAACGACCAGCUACGGGAGCUUUAUCAAAAUCUCGUCGAGAAAAAGGUUCUCUGCACAAAAGAGUUUCGCGUUCGUCCAUCCUAUGUUUACGACUGGUCGGAGAUUCCGAGCAAUUGUUGCAAACGGGACAACUCUUCAACGAUUCCA